UUUUCCACCUGCAUUGCCUCCUUCAUCAGUACGCAGCGGAGAUACCAAGAAAAGCAAAUGGGUGGUGACGGAAAGGUUUUCACUUUGGCUCAAGUCUCCGAGCACAACACCCCCAAGGACUGCUGGCUAAUCAUCAGCGGCAAGGUUUAUGAUGUGACGAGGUUCUUGGAGGACCAUCCUGGUGGUGAUGAUGUUUUGGUGUCAGCAACGGGGAAGGAUGCAACUGAUGAUUUUGAGGACGUGGGUCAUAGCGAGAAUGCCAGAGGUAUGUUGAAGGACUUCUACGUGGGAGAGAUUGAUGCCUCUACUAUCCCCAAAAGUACCACAUAUACUCCGCCGAAGCAGCCUAAUUACAAUCAGGACAAGACUUCAGAGUUUAUCAUCAAACUUCUCCAGUUCCUGGUUCCCAUUGCAAUCUUGGGUUUGGCUUUUGGCAUCCGCCUUUACGCCAAGUCAUCUUAAGGUUCAUUUAAGGUUCUAGAUUAUGUUAUUGCGACAUAAUUUUUAGUCAUUUGUGACAAACGAAUACUACUCGGUUGGUUUGGGCAAUCUAAGACUUGUCUCACUGUGUUGUCUUGCAUCGGAUGAUAUUUUACUGGUAUCGUGUGCUUCGUAA